AUGGAGCCCCCAAAAACCAGACGAUUCAGCGAGUUCAGGAUCACUACCAAAUCUACUCCUCAGCUCCUCCGCUUUGAGGACAUCAGCGCCGCCGCCUUCAGGAUCCAGACAGGGAUACAGAAGACACCCUGCACGUACUCCAGACUAUCCAAACAGUAUGGGAUGGAGAUCUACCUGAAGAAGGAACACUUGCACUACACAGGCUCAGUGAAGGAGAGAGGAGUGCUUUACCUGCUCUCCUCCCUCACACAGGAGCAGCAGAGAAAAGGAGUGAUCGUAGCCACAGACUGUAACUUCUCGAUGGCUGUGGCUCAUCACGCUGUGGAGCUCAAGAUUCCCGUUUUUGUCAUCAUGCCGUCGUGCUGUUGCUCACCGCGCCUGAGGAUGUACAGAGACUACGGCGCCAUGGUCAUCUCCUAUGGUAGCACGGGACACGACUCCCAGAAUCACGCCCGCCACUUGGCGUCAGAGAAUGGAUACCUGUACCUGGAAGAAGAUGAAAGCUCUUCGUACCUGGCAGGUUUGGGCACAGUGGGCAUGGAGAUCUAUGAACAAAUUCCCAAAGUGGAUGCAGUUAUAGUUCCUGCAGCUGGACAGUACGGUCUGCUGGUCGGAACAGCUGCGGCCAUUAAACACUUGAAUCCUAAAAUCCUUGUCAUGGGAGUUGAACCUGAAAGUUUUCCUCUGCUGCUACAAUCUCUGAAAAUUGACAGUCCGGUCAAAGACAUGCACAGCAAGCCCAACAGGAAACUCUACGGAGAUCUUGUGGAGCGUUCACUCGGUGAAAACACUUAUCAGCUGGCAAAGAAACUAGUGGAUAGAAUCAUUCCUGUCAGUGAGGAGGACUCUCUGGUGGCCAUGUUGCGGUUUCAAGAGUUUGAACGCUCCACAGUGGACACUGAAGGAUCCAUGGGACUAGCGGCCAUAUUGGCAGGACAGCUUCCAGAGCUAAGAGGCAAAAAGGUUGCUGUAGUAGUGAGCAGUGCUAACAUGGACCUGGAGCUGGUCCGUCAGUGUGUGGACCGAGCUCUGGUCCUGGACGAUCGGGUCAGUAAGUUCUCGGUGCAGCUGGGAGAGUGGCCAGGAGACAUGGCUAAGCUGCUCGACUUUCUGUCCAGAGAGGAUGUCAGGCUGUUGGAUGUCUGCCAUCGGAGACAGGGCGACAAAACAGACCUGUUCAAGGCAAAGGUGGAGUGUGUGGUGGAAACCAGAGAUAAGACACAAAGCGCUCAGCUGCGUAAGACGAUGGGUGAACGCUUCCCAUCUGUGUGCUGGUUGGACCGAUGAUCACUACAUCCAAAUGAACAUUUAU